CGACGCGCGCGGCGAACGCGACCCCGGCGCCGGCGUCGCGCGAGUUUGGAGCGCGUCGCCGCGUGCGUCGCGCCGCUCGCGUCGCGACCGCGUCGUCGUCGCCGGCCGCCGGGAUCGUGGCCGCAGAUCCACAUCCAUCCGAUCGCCCGCGGCGCCGCGCCGUCCCGCGCGCGAUGGCGCUCACGUCCGAGCAGCAGACGUCGCACCUCUCGCGGCUCCAACAGGAGAUCCUGCCGUGGGACUACUACCGCAUAGGCACGUCCGAGGAGGAGGACGCGGUGAAGCCCGCGGGGAACCGAACGCUCCGUGAGGUGCCGCAGACCUUCACCUCCGUCGACGAGUACGUAAACGUGUUCGAGCCGCUCGUGCUGGAGGAGUGCGCGGCGCAGCUGGGGCGGACGGACGACGACGAGGAUCAGAGGGCGGCGGUGAUCGGCGCGGUGGAGAAGAGCGAGCGCGUGAACGGGUUCCACGUCGUGCGGUUCGCGCUGCGGGAGGAGGCGGCGCGAGAAUUUCGCGACAACGACGUGUUUCUCCUGAGCAAGUUUGACCCGUUCGAAGACGAGGAGUUCGACGACGACGACGAGGACGAGGAAGAGGACGAGGAAGAAGGCGGCGACGGCGACGACGCGAAGAAGAAGAAAAAUAAGAAGAGCGAGACGAGCGCAAAGCGCGCCGCGGUCCUCGCGGACGACCACCCCGACGCGGCGUUCCUGACGGGCGCGGCGGGCGCGUCGAAUAAGCGCGCCGCCGACGCCUUCGCGCCCGACGACGACCGCGAGUGGAGGCGCGCGUACGCGCUCGGGUUCGUCGACGCCAAGGAGCGAAAGGAACGCGUCCGCGUGCGGUUCUUCCUCCCGGACUCCCCGAAUACAUCGAGGCUGAGCGCGCGCGCGGGGGAGACGCUCGACGACGCGGAUUACGCGCGGUUUCGAAGCGUGCGAAACGCGUUGGCGCGCGGGAAGGGCGCGUGGUAG